UCACGUGCACACGCUGUGGGUGUUGCUCCUAUAGAUCCACCUGUUCACGCGCGUGCCUUUCAUCUCUCCUCCCCGGCCAGACGAAUGGAUCUCGCAUUGGCGCGCAUCCUCUGCAUUGUGUUGCGCAUCAACUCAUCGAUGUUGCCGCUUGUUUCAUUUAUAUUUUGGUAUUUUUAAGGACGCGCUCCGAGCAGUGGAGACAGUGAACACCACUGCCGAGCAUCAAACCAGGCUGGGAUUCUCUGACUCACAACAUCACCGCUGCUUGAGAGACGCAGUGGAGCCGCCACUGACAAUUAUUUUGUUUUUAUUAUUAUUAUUUUGGGGCAAGCAUUGACAUGGGAGAAGUCGAGGUGCCAGUACCGCCUCGUGUUCUUGUGGCAGCGUGACAACUUUAUUGUUUAAACCGCAGCCCCCGUCUUUUUUUUUUUUUUUUUUUUUGGUAUAUAUUAUAAAUGGGAUCGCGCUUUUUGUGGGAAAUUCCCCGCCGUUUUGUGUCCCAAUUAUGUUCACUUUUGCUGCCUUCUGCUACAUGCUGUCUCUGGUCCUCUGCGUGUCCCUCAUCUUCUUCGCAAUAUGGCAUAUAACAGCCUUUGAUGAGCUCCAGGCUGACUUCAAGGUGCCAAUCGAUCAAGGCAAUCCACUCCAUGCGAGGGAGAGACUGCGAAACAUCGAGAGAAUUUGCAACCUGCUGAGAAAGUUGGUGCUACCGGAGUACUCGAUCCAUGUACUCUUCUGUAUCAUGUUCCUGUGUGCCCAGGAAUGGCUGACUGUGGGCCUCAACAUCCCCCUGCUCUUCUACAACACUUGGAGGUACUUCCAUUCCCCGACGGACACCAAGGAGUUGCUCUACGACCCGGCAUCGGUGAUGAAUGGUGACACGCUCAAGUUCUGCCUGAAGGAGGCCUGGUGCAAGCUGUCCUUCUUUGUCCUCUCCUUCUUCUACUAUCUCUACUGUGUGUGGAACCUGGAAAUAUCCCUCUAAUAGGUCUUAUCAGUGGGAACACUCGCAAGGUACCAUCCUUACAUUUUUAACCUUGUAUAUUUGACUUCGAUGUACUUUUAUUCACAAUACAGUAGUACCAGUAGCACACUCAUUUUCCAAGAGUUUUUCCGUUGCCAAUAAACACUGCUCAUGCACUAACGCUAGCCGCAAUAUUAGGUAAACCUGCACCAACAAAAUAUAUGAAUCCUUUAGAUCAGUGAUUCCCAACCACCGCUCCACGGUCCGAAAAUUAUUAUUGAUUUACUACAGAGGAUGUGUCUUUGUUCACCUAUCUAUGCCAGCGAUGUAUAGUGACAGGCAGACCAAUCAAAUGCUCUUCCACUUGAUGGCAGCAGCUACAGAAUUAACCUACACCCUGCCCAGGCUCGAACCCACAUCCACACAUCCCCACUGACUGACAGUUAAGUCCAGCAGCGCUACAGUGAGCCAAAAGCCGUGGGCUAUCAAACUACCUAAUUUGAUUGUGCAGGUGCACCUAAAGUUGCGGCCAGCAAAUAUGUAUAUACUGUAUAUAUACGUUGUGUAUAAGUAUGGCUUCUAGCUGUAAAGUGGUCACGUGUUUUUGCACAUUUGUUUUGAUUUUCUUCUUUCCUAGUUGUUUGUCUCAAACUAGUCCUCUAAAAUAAUGUCACAUUUAACAUGGAGUUGUUGUGGUUGUUGUACAGUAUGUGUGUGAUAAUGCUGUGAUUCAACGUUUGCAUAUGGUUUGUCAACAUUAUGGGACAUAUUACAGUGGGAUAUGACACAUACACAUGCAAAACCAUUACCAAUAUCGACCGCAUCAACAGCCAAGUGUGUUCACGAUGACAUUCAAAGCACAUUUUCACGAUGAUUGCCUGUGCAGUUGAAUUGUACACAAAUGUUGCAAAUUAAUAUUCAACUUGAAUAGUGGAAGUUGAACCCGUUCAUGUCAACACCACGUCUAAUUUGACCAGCUCAUCAAAGUCACAUGUAAAUGUGAAAGCAAUGGCUAUUUUCGGUUAUGUCAACUCCGAUCUAUUUGAAUUUGGAUAUUUGCACAUAUUGAUACUAUAUUCAGAUACCAGAACUGUGUUUGCUUUCAUAGUAUUAUUACCAUUAUUCUCGAUUAUACGAGGCUGUAAUGAACUCCUCUCUACAGGCAAGUAUAUGUAUGAAUGUAUGCAUGCACAGUCGUCCCUCAUGACAUAGCGGUUUUAAAAAAAAUAAUAAAUUAAUGAUUGCUGUUUUGUGUUUGAAUACGGCCUAUUAUUAAAAAAAAUGCAUAUUUAAGUCAAUUGUACUUAUUCUUGGCCUAAAUUAAGCGUUUUCAAGCAUAAAAAACCAUCCAUCCAUUUUCUCUGCCACCUAUCCUCACUGGGGUUGCGGAUAUGCUGGAGCCUAUCCCAGCUGACUUCGGGCAAGAGGCGGGGUACAGCCUGGACUGGUCACCAGCCGAUCGCAGGGCACAUAUAGACAAACAACCAUUCACACUCACAUUCGUACCUAUGGACAAUUUAGAGUCGCAAAUAAACCUAACAUGCAUGUUUUUAGAAGAAGUACAAGGCAGAAGAAGCAUUCUAAUUGUGAAUGUAGUAUUCCACAUUGGCCACUAGGUGACAGUAAUUUUUUGGUGAGACAGGCACUAGACAUGGUAUUUAUUGCAGGUUUAAAUUAUUUCACGACACGCAAAAAUUAAUUCUAAACCUCCGAUUUUCCUGUCCUCCGCACAUUUGUGCACAUGCCACUAAGGUCCAUUGCGGAACACAAUUGCUGUUACACACACACGCAGGAAUUUUAUUUACAUCUUAAAUAGCUUAUUUACUCUUAUUAUGUCUACUAUAUUUAGUAAUACGACUGCAAAGCGAUUAAAACAGUACAUUGCUGAGACAAUAGCCACCGCAGGAAGUAUGCUGUCCAGAAAAAAACAAGGACCUGCUAAUGUGUGAGUCUGUUAUCUUGUUUAUGUCUAAUAUGUCUUAUUUUCUGUGAUUAUAUCUACUAUAUUGGGUAAUAGGGGUGUAAAGAUGGCUAUGUGGGUGUAAUUUGAUGUCUAGAGGGCUCUAAUAAUGUUCAUUUAGAAGAUCGUAAACAGGCUUUCUAUGCCAUAACUAUGAAAAUAUUCCAUUUAUUAAUAGUGAAUCCUACUUUGCGAAAAUUCACUUAUUACGGUUGUGUCUGGAACCAGUUAACCGCAAUAAAAAAGGGACAACUGUAUGUCCCUUCGCUAUUCCUCGAUCGUCCUCCUGCAGCGAUACUGAUACUUGAGAAAUGUAGUUUAUUUGACCACCAUGGAGACGAGGAUUAGUAACUUCACAAACUUUAGCCGCACUAGAUACAACAUGCUGAUUUACAUUUUGCAGCCAGCUACCAGAGUAAGCGGCAUUAAAGCACAGACAUAGCCCAUGGAUCGGAUAUCUCCGCAGGUGGUAUCCGACAAUUCGAAUCUGUUAAUUACGCUGGUAUCGAAACCUUUACAGAUCAGAUCGGCCACAUCCCUAAUUCCAAUCCAAGUGAUGUUGACUUAAACAGGUUGCACUGUAUUGUAUUUGUUUUAGCUAUAAAACACAAAAACUGUCAGUCCUCUGAACAUAGUUUGACUUUGAAAGCGAUGGUUUGCUCCCUUCUGGCAUGGAAUUACAUCAGAGUUACUAAUUUAGUCACACAUAAAAACAUUUCCAUAGGAUAUUUUAACUCAGUCGUCACAAAAUACAGUCUAACCUCGGUUUUCGAACAGUUUGCGACGAAACUUUUGCCUCGGUUUUCAUACACUGGUUUGGUUAUGGUACAAUAUUGUGCAUAACAAACUGUUGUAUUUUAUCCUUUGGUACAUUGAUAGAAUUGCUUGUUCAUUCAGCUAUUUCGGAUGACAAACUCAACACCAAAUCUCCCUUUUUUUGGAUUUACAUUAUUUCCUAUAGGAAAAAUUUUGCAUGUUUUGGUUGUCCGUGGACCUUCUAGAAUGAAUUAACAACAAAAACCGAGGUACUACUGUACAUGCAAAUGUCUUAUUUCUCAGAGCUUGUUCGAUCCUUGAAUAAAGAACACCUUACAAGGACAAGUUCAAAGAAAACAAUGGAAAAUGAAAUGCAAUGAAGCAAGGUCAUGGUAACUACAGGAUCAGUGUUGCAUUAUUCAUUAUGUAUUUAUACAUUAGAUGAAAGAUUUAGGAUUUAUUGUGAUGUCCUUACCCCAGUGACACUAGUUUUUAUUGGAGCAUUCAACUUAACUUAAACCAUCUGGCAUAUUCAUAUCGCUUCUUCCCGUCCAACUCUUACACAUACUAGAUUGAUCUGCUGUUUAAAGAGAACACUGGCAGACACAACAUUUUAUCUCACCUUCUUACUGAAAGACAGGAUUCAUUUGUGGCUUCACGGGGACAUAAAGGGGUCUCAGUAAAAUAAUUACUUUGCUCAAUAAAAAAAAAAAAAAUUAUAAUCUUUAUUUAAUGUUUUUUGUUGAUAUUCUGUUAUUGUCUUUGAAGUACAACAGAGCCAACAAAGGAGGGAGCGGCAGGCAUCGGCUGAGCUUUGUCUUGAGCUGACAAAAGGCACCAUGAAAACGUACUCUUAUAAAACAAAGAAAAGCAGAGGGCCAUGCCGGAUGGCAGGGAAACAGCUUUAUGUACUUUUAGAAGACACAACAACAAAUUAAAUGUCCAAAAAGUAGAAGAAGUCCAAACAAGCACGUCCUUGCAGCAUGGAAGACAAAAGCAGUGUCUCCCAACUAUAAACAAUUGGUUUUAAGUAGCCAGACAGCCAAUCAGCAGCAGAGGCACCCGCCUCCAGCUGGAGACUGAGACGUGAAAGGUAACACUUACUUUAUAUAAAACUUGUCUAUCAAUAUAUGACAAGUACAAAACUUCUAUCUCUUGCGAAUUCUGUAAUAUCCGGUGCAGAGGCAACAUGCAUGUUAGGUUAAUUGGCGAUUCUAAAUUGUCCAUUGGCUGGCGACCAGUCUGGGGUGUACCCCGCCUGUCGCCCGAAGCCAGCAUGCCACGCGACCCUAAAGAGGAGAAGCGGUAUAGAAAAUGGAUGAAUGGGUGAUGCUUAGAGUUCAGCUUCAGGAAGUAGUGACACGUGGACAAGUCAAGCGGAAGCUAAUAUCACGUUUUGAAGUCUUAUGCAGUGAUCUCUAGCACAUCCUAAGUGUGAUGAAGUGUAGAAUUACUACAGCUUCUGUUUGGACUACUCGGACUACCAGCCGUCCACUAUCACCAACGUGUAUCAAAAGGCUGGACUGAAUGAAGAGGACAGCUCAAGCUAAAUGGCUAAACAAUGAACAGUGACGGCGAAUGAGAGAAAGAGAGAGACUGACAAAGUGUGUGAUGAAGGAAUUAUGAGGCUGUUCAAAGGUGAUGCUUGUCAAGACGACUUUAGUGGUUUUAGUUCCCAGGAGGAGGAGGACGGUGAUGAAUGAUAUUGCUGGUAGGCUACUGUUUAACUAGCUAUCUUAGACUCACUGUUCAGCACUGUUUAACUAGCCAUUUUACAAUGCACUGUUUGGAAAAAAGCAUUUAUUUAAUCAAAAGUUUAAAAAAUCUUUUUGUGUAACAUCUUUCUGUGUACUAAAUACUCUAUCCCAUGUUACGAUGUGGACACCUGCGGCUUAUAGACUGGUGCGGCCUGUAUAUGCACAAAUCUUUUUUGCUCUUUAAAUGUAGUGGAUGCGGCUUACAUACUGGUGCGCGGUAUAGUCAAGAAACUAUGGUAAUACUGAUGCUUUGAACGUACCAGUUUCCUUAACUCAUUUUGCUUCUCAAUGUGUUGUUUCUCUCGCAGGAAUGAGUUGCACCUGUUAUAUAAUAAUCCUCCCCAAGAUGGACAUAGGUAUAUAUAGGCUUUUUAGAUGUGUGUAUUUAUGGAACAAAUAUUUUUGAUAAAGUUGUUCUUUCCCCUUGGCAUGAAAAUAUGACCUUCCUAAUACACUCUCUCGUGCACACAAACUAGUCAGCUUCAGAUGUGUAAAACUAAUGAGGUAUGAAAUAAGCGACACCUGUCACUUGAUAUUUCAGCAGCCAGGGAAUUAAAUGUGUUGUAUAUUAACAUGAGGACAACCCAAAGACAGAACAACAUCUCUACAGUACCUUUCAAGACCCAACAGAGCAGACCUGAACCCACCUCAGGUCCCAACCUCUAGCUUCUUCACCCCAAUGAAUGUAACCACGGGUUUAGGACCCUGUAAAGGUCCACUCCAUGGUUUGAGAAGCACUGCUAUGUGCACCUCUUCUUUGUAAGACUCUUCUUUGAAAUUCCAGUGCCACCGUAGACCAUUGGUUGAUGGUCUGGAUCACCUGGGACAUCUUAAGUCUGGUUUAUGCUUCUUCGUAGUCUUGAUCCUUUCAGAGUUCCGCGUUGGGGUUGAGUGUAUGCCGUGAAGUUAUCUGCGGAAAUGCAAGGGGCAGUGUUUUCCGGUGAGUCAGUGAGUAACCAUGACACGCGUGGACUAUUAACUUGUGCGUUACUAGUGAACAAUAGUAAUUAAGGACAAACAGAAAGUGAUUUUGGCACUGGAAUUAAUUACUUUGAGGAGAAGGCACUCGCAAAGGUACCAAAAGCCGACCAAUCACAGCCCUUACAGUUCUCAGUGCCACAACGCAAGGUUAGAUUAUUGUGUAGGUGCGUGUCAAGCAACGCAAAAGCUAAACAGAAACAUAAGCCAGGCUUUCAGGGCAACCUAUUGUCCUCCAGAUUGCAAGGAUCAAACAACCCUGCACCAUAUUUGUCAGGGAUUGGUACUGGGUUCGUGGGCUGAACACCAAAAUGCAGACACUGAGAGUAUGUGAAAAGAGGUGGUGGUAAUCCUCGGUGGGCAGUGUAGAAAGCUGGGCAGCAAAUGAAGCAGAGGGGUCAGACACGGAAGAAGUGGAAUCAAGAUUUGAUAACAAUCUGGUGAUGUUUCCUCCUCCGGGCGGGCCUUUAAGGAGUCAUACAUCAGGAUGCCGCAAUAAGGGGAUAAAAAAUAAGGGAAGGGUGAAGUGGGAGGAGGGAUCUGGAGAGAUCCUGACAAUUUUGUUCUGGUAAUCUCAAUUUUGGGUUAUAUUCUUGUGCAGAGGCAAAUUCACAUAUCUGCAAAACACACACAGGCAGAGCUGCCAAUAUUUGGUGUUUGCAAUCCAGUAUAUCCAGGGCUAACAACCCCACCACCACCACCCCAAACUCCCAACGUUCAGUUCAGGCAAAAGCUACAAUAUUUUAUAUCUACAUGAAAACAUCACAAUUGGGGAGAUUUGUAACUUCAGUCCGGAUGUCAGUCACCAAGGGCAAUUUCCGGCGGUCUUCCACAGAAUUCGGAAGAGUUGGCAGCUCUGUCUCAGGAUGCGUUCACACUUGUCAAACUUAAGUAUUUUGCUUUACCGGUACGGUUCGUUUGAUCAGGUGUGAACACAGUCCACCAAACCUUGGACCGGACCAAACAAGCGGACUGAGACCACUUCAGAGAUGGGUCUCGGUCCACUUGUGGUGCGCCUCACGUGAGUGCAAGUGUGAACACCAACCGCACCAAAACACCGGCUAUGAGGUCAGCAAAUGCCACCAAAACCAGGUGAUUGUUAGCAAAGCCCAACUGAGGGACUACUUUAUGCAUAUGCUUUUUCAAUAAAAAACGAGCUACAGGUCAAACAUGGCCCAAAGGGGCUGCACUUUGGACACCCAUACAUUAGACAAUGCUCUUCAGUUCAGGUUUUUAAUAUUUUUUUCAAAAUUAUUUUUUAUCGUGGUUAUAACAUGGGUUAGGGUUAGGAGGACUUACAUUUUUUUCAUUUGUUAUUUCAGCUACAAACAAUGUUCAAAGUGAAACAAAAAAGCGUUGCUUGAGGUUUUUUAGACACACUGUUUACAGAACAGAGACAAAUGAUCGAAUGGUUGAAGCUGUACACUACCAAUCAAAAGUAUAGAGACACUUUCUCAUGGUACUGAAUGAGGAAAAUGUUAUAUUUAGAAUAAUCACGUGUUUUAGAUAGCAUUUAUAAGCCUAACCCUGACUAUUCAUUUUUUUCUACUCACUCACUUCCGUUUUUCUUCUUGUGUUUCAGUAUGAUCUACUCCCUGGUUACCUCGUAACAACCGACUUCUGGAAAGACGUCUGGAUACACAAACUGCCAUAUUUACUAGAGUUCUUUUUGUACGAGACAAAGCAAAGAGAGUUUCCUCUGAUUUGUUCUUUCAAAAGAGAAGGGACACAUACUUCCUGUUCGAUGACAUAGUGUAUAUAUGAACUGUAUCUACCAUACACGGUUGGAUUGGUCGUCGUGAGUCGAUCACUGCCUGGGAAACAUUCACGAUAUGAACACACACAUACACACACCCACACACACUUCCGCAGCUUCUUCUGAAGUGGUACAGUCACUUACACGUACCGGUAGCAGCGAUGGUAGCAUACAGGUUGAAGAGCACAGUAACGUUUGCACAGUUUGUCUCAGGCACAGCAGGGUGAAGCACCCGAGUACUGCCCGGCACAGCAUAGCUCUCCAGUCUCCUCGCUUCAGAAACUCACCCGUCGUAGCAACAGUGAGUCAGAAACGGGUGGGAUGGGUGGAUGAGUUGGAGCACACUGCUAAAGGAAAAAAAAAAAAGAAUGACUCGUGCAUUUUAAUGUACUCUUUGACAUUUGAACUCAAACACUGAGGUUCUGUAUAGCAGCAAAUGCCUUCUUAUUGUUGUUUUGGUGUUGUUCCACGAUGAGAAACAUUUGGAAACUCCCAGCUAAAAGACUCAUUUACACACCUAUUGUUUGCACAAAUGUUGUAUUUAAUCUUUCACAAUGUCUGGCUGUGUACUCAAAAUCAUGGAUGAUAAUCCAGCCACACAGGUGAAGGUCUUCCAGUGUGUACUAUGUACUUAAAACAGGGAAGCCAUGUUGUACUUUUCCAGCUCUGUUGAAGCAAGGGACCAAAAUGCCUUCUUCUUUGGUAAGGAUUUCUUCCAAUGUAAGAACGAAGAAGAACGAAUGAAGCACAAAGGGAAAUUAUCGACUACAAUCAGUCAGUCUUUCUUCAUCAAAUAAACGCAACAGUGGACAUAGGCGUCACCUCCACUGACACUAUACACUGUACAGCACCAUUGCUUGCUACAAUACAUUACAUCAAAGUAAGAUACUGCCUCCUAUAUUGGUAACCGGGGCGGGUGGAGUAGUAAUUACUGCAUUUUGGAGAUACACUCCUGAACAAAGUCUUAAGACCUAAGAAAAAUGAUUUGCGUCUUGCGCUUUAACCAGAUUAGUAGAGCAUCAAAAUGCAAAAAGAAGAAAGAUGCAAAAGAUGAUAAAUAGAGACUGUUUAUCUGCUGAUCGAAAACCUUAAAAGGUCAGGUUUUCUGUCAGACGUUCGCACUCUCAUGACGUCCUGAUGGCAAAGCCAAAAUGGUUUUCUGUCAUUGCAGGAGGCAAGACAGUUGAAAGGCACAAGAAGUUUUUACUGCCAAGGUUAGACGCACUAAGACAGUGGCUGUGGCUCAAUUUGCGCACGUCUGUACUUACACUUUGUGUUUUGAAUGUGGAAGUACACUCACACCAAGAAGUAUGGCAAAAUGCAGUACUCGGUCAUGUUGCACUCAGAAUGCCCAAAUUGAAUACUUGCAUGAGUACACUUCAAUAGAUGUACUGUGACUAUGUACUCCAUGUACAAUUACCGGAAAUAAUGAUCGCAAAAUUUACUUAUUCUUCUUCUGUUCACUACUAGUGAUUCCUUGACUGACUCCAGUCCUUAUGAGUCGGUCACUCACUGAAGUGAAUCGGGUACUCGAUUCACUCAAGUUACCAUCCACACAGCGCAUGCGCAGCAACUGGCACAUACACAACAAGUUGUACCCGUGAACCAGUGAAAUUUGAGUCCUUGUCAAGCUUCCGUGAGUCAGUGAAACUCAAGCCUUUGUCAAGUACCUGUGAGUCAGUUAAACUUGAGUAUUCGUCAAGGACCUGUGAAUCAGUGAAACUUGAGUCGCUGUCAAGCCUCCGUGAGGCAGAUAAACUCAAGCCUUUGUCAAGUACACGUGAGUCAGUUAAACUUGAGUAUUUUUUGAGGACCUUUGAGUCAGUGAAACUUGAGUCUUCGUCGAGUAUCUGUGAGUCAGUGAAACUCAAGUCUUUGUCAAGUACCUGUGAUUCAAUGAAACUCCAGUCUUGGUCGUGCACCCGUAAGUCAAUGAAAGCCGAGUAUUCAUAGAGUAACCAUAACUCAUUGAAACUUGAGUCUUUCUUGAACACCCUUGAGUCAGCGAAACUCUUCGUCAAGUACCCAUCAAGCAGAUAAACUCAAGUCUUUGUUGAGUACCUGUGAGUCAGUGAAACUUGAAUAUUUGUCAAGUACCAGUGAAUCAAUAUAACUCGAGUCUGCGUCAAGUACACGUGAAUCAGUGAAACUCAAGUCUUUAUCGAGCGCCUGUGACUCAGUGAAACUGAAAUCUUUUUUGAGUACCCGUGAGUCAGUAAAACUCCAGUCCAGUCCAGUCCAGCACCAGUGAGUGAGUGAAACUCUAAUGUUUGUCGAGUACCCAUGAGUCAGUGAAAUCAUGAAACUGGCGAGAUGAGCGAGUGAAUUGAUAAUUUUUUUAGGUUAGAGUAACAGUUGCACAAUGAAUGACAUGCGACCUGGUUUACUUUUUUAAUUUAGCUAGUGGUAGUGGGGGGUGAGUAAGUAAAAGAUUUUGCCAAAGCAAGUACCCGUGAGUAAGUACAUAAAAAAAUUGCGAGCUACCUGCAGUCCAGGAAACACAAAACAGCUUCUGCGAGAUCAAGGACAACAAUGGCAUGACUUGUGUAACUCAAAGAUAGAAAUACUUUUUUUUUUUUAUUUGCCAUCAGGAGUUCACAACGUCACUGUGAAUGUCUGACAACAAAUGACUUUUUAAGCGCGACAAACAGCCUGACUGAGUUAAAUGCAGUUUAUAGUAAGUAUGUGGUGGAAACACAGUCCUUCAUUACAGAGAUUUAAUAUUAAGUAAUGUGUGAAUGAAUUUCAAUUUUAAUAAUCCUCCACAUUAUUCACUGCACUGUUUGACAGACGUUGUGAUCAGAGGCGCAAAAUAUUUUCAGACAUUUGCGUAAUAGAACGGUAAAAUUCCGGCAUUUGUUGACUAAAUAAAAGUCUGCUCUGGCUCUCACAUUUACAAAAAAUGAGUCAACGAAGUUGGAACGAAGGUAACAGGGAGGUAUUUACUUGAGGUAACACCUCCCCCACUUCGUUACGCAAACGGUUCAGCACCCAGCCCGGCAAGCUUUUGAGUUAAACCAAAAAAUACGGCACCAGUUCAGCACCCCUGUGGAACCAUGAUAAUGCAGAACCCAACCUACUCUGAACCAGCUCCGAACCAGUCACAGUGGAAAAGGGGUAAUGCUGGUUACAAUCCACCAGCACAAAAUGCGGGUGCAGUCGCCCGCAGUUAAUUGGCUCCAGACGCGACCGUGAUAAAUGAAUUUCUGUGAUAUAGGAUUCAGUGUUAAUAAAUGGAAUAUUUUCGUAGUUACCCUGCUGAAAAAAACAGCUUAGACCAGCAUGGAAAUUGUGCUGGUCUAUGAUGGUUUGGUGCUGGUUUAGCUGGUGGACCAUGCUGGUCUAUGCUGGUCAGUGCUGGUCAAUGCUGGUGGACCAUGCUGGUCUAUGCUACCAUCACCAGCACUAAAACACAACAUACGCUGGUCAUGCUUGUAGCCGGUCUGUGCUGGUUUUUCCAGCAGGGUAGAGGAUAGAAAACCUGUUUAUGACUUUCUAAAUACGUUUUUUAACAUUAUUAGAUCCCUUCAGAUGAAAUAACACACCUAUAGUCACCUUUACACUCCUAUUAUGCAUUGUUUACGUGACAUUGCGCAACUCUUAUGCUGCAGGGACUUAGCUAGCAAGCUAGCGAGCUAACCAGUUAGCCUCAAAUUUAUUUCUUCUAAACUUAAGGAGCCAAAAAUUUACCACUUAAACAUGAAAUGGCAGGAAACGUGUCAGACCGGCCAUGGCUGACUUCAUACAGUGUUAAGGUAAUGUAAUGUAAGGCAGUGUCUCAAUGUUUUGUGUCAUUACUGCCACCUUGCCACUGUUUAGCGAGGGAGCGAUAUUCGAACCGCGAUAUUGCGAGGGACAACCACUUGAGUAAUUUACCCCAAGUCUUAAGUUUAGGUUCAGGAGUGUAUGUCUUUGUCUCACAGGUACCUAAACACACCACAUGUCCCCCAAAUUUAGGCUACGACCUGCAUCCUUGACGUGUAGCACUGUCCUAGUUCUACCCACAUACCCAUUCCCAACAACAUCCUAAAGGAGGCGAUAUGAAGUCCUGCAUUUUCUACCCUUACUGUGUAUGUGAAUUUAGAUAUUGUUCAUGAAAUAAACUAUUUUAAAGUCAAAAGUAUGUUUUUUGUUCGUUAUAUUACUGUAUUAGUACAUCCAGUGUUAAAAAUACAAGGUAUGGGUUUUUAAAAAAUGUGAAGGACACACUUUGUUUUCAACAAACAAUGGUCAGAGGCACUUUUAGCAAACAACUAUGUUGACAACACAGUGCAAACAGAGCGAGUCAUCAAACAGGGCGACAGUCACGACACAAACCAACAAAUAAACACCACAACAUGUAACAAAUAAGUUGGCACACAACAACAAUGAACUGUCAUUGUAAGUGGGUCACAACAACUAAGCGUAACAACAAACAGAAAUGUAAUUGAUAUUUCCAAGUGCCCACAGGGCAUGCUGGGUAGUCCAAAGGCAACCCCCACAA